GAUGCAUCAACCAUGUAAAUUUAUCAACAUCAAAUAAAAUAUGCCCGAUCCCUACUUACCGAUAGAAAGUUCCUAUUAUUGAACAUUGUAUUAUACGGAAUAUGCCAUGCUUACUUAUCGAACCAAAUAUCUGAUUUAUCUAGUAGCUUUUAUGUAAACUUCAGGGGUUAACUUGGGUUAACUUGGGUUAACUUGACCUACUUGGGAGAGGCCUCCCUAACUUCAUCUCUCAACUUGUUAACCUCCAGCCAAACCCCCCCGGAUUUUAAUAACGUUAAUAAAAUGGCAAUCCACGUCCGAAGACUGGGAUGGCUGGCCAUCUUCGUCGUUGUAUGCUUCACACUCUUUUGGGGUCGGUCAAUAUACGCAACCACGAGUCUAUCCAAUCAACUGUGUUCCGUCUUGGGAUCCUGUCGGGCUAGCACUGCAAACCUCUUCUCGGUCGAACAUACCCCGAUUACACUUGAAGGAUACGGAGACUUCACCGGGAGAACGGUAAAUACUACAUUUUCCGGCGUUCCGCUUCCUAACCCCGUCGAUGCUUGGCUUGGUAUCGAAUAUGCAAAGCAGCCAGUGGGCGAAGGUCGAUUCAAGCCUGCUAGUUGGCCUCCAGCCUUUGAUGGCGUGAAGCAAGCUACGGCGUACGGUAAAUCAUGUGUCCAGGACUCCAGAUACGUUGGCAUAGAAUUUCAAGGAGAAGAUUGCCUCAAUUUCAACGUUUACCGGACCCAGGGUGUUCCGCUGGACAAGAAGUUGCCAGUCUUCGUUUACAUCCAUGGUGGGAGUUUCAACUUCGGUAGCAGUAAGAGCUUAGAUGGCGCUGCAUUUGUCUCAUCGUCCAAAGCUCCCAUAGUUGUGAUCAGCUUCCACUACCGGCUCAACUCGCUUGGCUCCCUUCCAUCUCUUCUUUUCAGUCUGGAAGGCCUCCUCAAUCUCGGGAUACGGGAUCAGUACUUCUUCCUAAGGCAUUUCGUGCAAAAGCAUGUUGGUUCCUUUGGAGGGGACCCAUCAAACAUUACUCUGGGUGGCCGUUCGGCCGGUGCGCAUUCUGUGGGCAUUCACUAUUUCCACAACUACGGCCAGAAUGCUGGGAAGCCUUAUUUUGCCCGGACCAUCCUUCAAUCUGGAUCUGUUACUGCGCGGGCAUUUCCCGGCGCUGGCUAUCCACUCUAUGUCCGACAGUUUGAGGAAUACAUGAGAUUCCUUCACUGCCCUCUGAAUGAUAAUGUAGCAGCCAUGGCUUGUCUCCGUUCGGCCAAACUUGACGAUAUCAGAAAGAUCAGCUCCAAACUACUUGCCGACUCCAAUUAUAAUAAUACUUGGCCAUUUCAACCCGUCCAGGGGGGUCCGUUGCUAGAAAAGUUUGGCUCUCAGUCUGGUUAUGACCGAACUUUUUUUCUUAUACCGACGCUUACAACUACUGUUACGGAUGAGGGAAGAUUCGCCAUGCCAGGUAAUUUGGAGACGAACGAGGACUUUUUAAAAUAUAUGCAUGCCGGGUCUCCAUCUCUGAAUGCUAGAGACCUUGAGUUACUCGCAAGCUUGUAUCCAGAUCCAGUGACAGAUGCUACGUCCCCCUUUAAGGAUUCUCCCAGAGGAGCCCAAUACACUCGUCUAUCUGCUGCGUGGAGCGAUUAUGCAUACAUUUGCCCUGGCCAAGAAACUGCAUACAGAGUUGCUGCCGCCGGGAUACCAGUUUGGAAAGCUCGGUUUAACACCAACAAUAGCUUCCCAGCCUGGCGUGGCAUUCCACACGCUGCUGAUGGAAAAUAUACAUGGCCAGAACCUAAGGCACAACACCCGGAAAUUGGACAUAUACUCCACGGCUAUCUGGCCAGCUUCAUCGCAACCGGCGACCCAAAUGCGCUUAGGUACCCGGGCUCCCCCGAGUGGCCUAACUAUGAGCCUCAAGGAUAUGGCCUCGAUUCUGAAGCCGCGCUCCAACUGGUUAUACAACCCGAUGAUACCAAAGUCGAAUUGGACGAUAUUCGCCGAGAAGCGUGCCUCUUUUGGAGGGACCCUGAGAGAACCAAACGACUAAACAAAUAACCUACACCCUUAAUAAUAUAUUAAAAAUAUAUUCUAUUCUUCCUAACCUAGAUUUAUUCAACUUGCUGUGUUCGGUUACAACAGUUUUGCUCCGACACGGAAUUAUGAAAGAGGUGGAGAAGCCCGACCCUGAAGCUUGAGGGGAUGUUGCCAUAGACGACGAGUAUGGCGUGAUUGAGAACACGGAAAUCAAUAUGACUGAAAUCACCUUCAAUGAAAUCAAAGUUCAAACACCAAAGACAUUACUAGACAUCAUAUCCUGUCUUGUGAACUUAAUCCAAUGGCAACUUCAUUUACCAAAAUUCCCAUUAUAGACCUGUCGCAGGCAGACGAUAAUUCAACCAGGCCUGAAGUACUCAAGAGUCUCCGUGAUGCUCUCAUAGAGGUCGGGUUUCUUUACGUAUCAAACCAUGGGGUCUCGACGACAGUUGUCGACAAUUUAGUCAAUGCUCUACCCACACUUUUUAAGCUUGAGGAUGCGGUUAAAAGCACUGUCGCUUUAGAGAACUCGCCUCAUUUUCUUGGUUAUAGUGGGGUUGGGAGUGAGAAUACGGGUGGGAAAGUAGACAGGAGAGAGCAAUUUGAAUUUGCCACGGAGCUGGGGGCGACCUGGCGACCUGGCGUUCCACUGUAUGAACGCCUACGAGGUCCUAAUCAGGUCGGUCUACAAUUAAGGGGCCAGGCUUGAACAUUAGACUAAUUGUUCCUAGUGGCCAAGAAAGCAUCCAGAACUUCGAGCUGUGAUUGA